GUGUCAAAAAAAUAUUUUACUUAUAAAUAAACAAAACACAAAAUUCUAAUGUCACGCUAAAUGUAAAAAAUGGAUUAGCUGUUAAUUAAAUUCGCUUAGUUAUAGAUUUAGUAUUAUAACUGGCAUUAUAGUUAUGUCUUACGAUUCGACAAUGGAAUUGGAGAAACUAUCGAAGUUAGAGGAACGUGUAAAGCUGAAAUCAAAAGGACGUCAAUUAGCGAAAGCUUUGCAUGAACAGGCAGAUCUACUAUACAACAAAGAGGAUUACGAGGCAGCUUUGAUCCUGUAUUACCGUGCGGCUAGUGAGAAUCCUCGAGACACCAGUCAUCAUAUUGCCGCCCGUAGAACGUCAAGAGCCAUAAGCUUAGCAACUUCUGCUGCCGCCGCUGGAGAUUCUGCUGGUCCUCGUUCGCGAAAAAUUACACGGCCGGUGAUAAAAAAUAAUUCGGUCCUGCCAUCAACUUUUUGCGCAUCUGAUACUGCUAAGAAGGCGAAAGAAAUUCUUAAGGGGUCGGUGGAUCCAUUUAUUGAUGUCAGCAAUAUUCUUAAGUGCUUGGAUUCACGAGGAAACUUUUUUGGUGAUUGUGUAAAGAAUGUAGGGAAAGUUAAGUCGAAAAAUAGUCUGAGAAAAUUGGCGGGGUCUAAAGUGCUGCUGAGACAGCAGCAAAACCAACAAGUCAAUGAGCCGGUGAAUCCAGGUUUUAGAUUUUCUGAUAUCAAAAGGUCUUUCGCUGCCGGCGAUUGGGAUAAAACUAUUGAGAUAGCAAGAAAUUUAUUGCAGCAUAAACAAAUAUUAAAUUAUAAUAAUAAUAAUUAUGUUGCAAAUAUCCAUCGAUAUGCUGCGUUGGCUUACGUAUCAAAAGGGAGACAUGACCAUGCGGUUGUCGAAGUCUCGAAAAUGAUACAGGCCGCUAAGCAAUCCAAUGACGUGAAACUUUUAUCACGAUCACUCGCGGUGGUUGGUAAAGUCCAUUUGACCUUUGGGUAUGUUCACGCAACUGCUAAAGCUUGGGAAAGACUGUCUAGAGAUAUUACAGAAGCUAUAGUUAAGGCUUGGUUGCUUCACGAAAUUGGCAGAUGUUAUUUCGAGAUGUCUCACUUUACAAAAGCACUGGAGUUCGCUAGAAAAUGUGUUUCAUAUUCUGAACGAGCCCAAUCAGCCAAGUGGAAAUGUUAUGGUAAACUUCUUGCUGGUCAAGCUUUUAUUGAACUUGGUCAAUUGAUUCAGGGUCUUGAAUCGUUGAAAUUAGUUGCCGAAAUUCUGGAUACAGAAAUAAAUGACAACGAUUUACUAAAUUACGUCUUAAAUUUAAUAAAAACAAUAUAUUAUUUUAUGAGAAAAAAAUUUCAUCAAGAAAAUUUGAGUGGAAAUAAAAAUUUUAUUAGGCCAUUUGACGGUACAGAAAAAAAUGCUGAGGUUUUAAUUAAAAUAAAUGACCAAUCAAAUCGACAGAAUGUUGACAAAAAAAAUCUUGAUAAAAAUUACGAGUUUUGUUUCACCGAUAAAUGGAAGAUGUUUUUAACUAAAAGUAAAAGUUCAAUAAUUACUAAAUCUGGUUCUGUAGAUUUUCACUCGUCUAAUGUCAUAAGAAAUAACGAUUCGACGAAAAAACAAGUUCUUUUAUCACGACACGACCUAGAAAAUGAAGAAGAAGAAGAAGAAGAAGAAGAAGAAGAAGAAGAAGAAGAAAUAGAUACUCAGCCAACAUUAUCAGAUAAAAUGUCAGUAGGACUUACAAAAGUUGAAUCUUCCAAACUAUCGUGUCUUAUAAAAAAAAAUGAAAAUAAAAACUUUAAACUUGAGUCUCCCGAGUGUUUCGAAAUGACCGACGAUCAGUCUGACGAGUCUAUCUUAACAAAUAGAACUUAUGAUAUAACUUGUUAAUCAACUUAUCCACUCUAUCGUGACUCUAUUGCUGUCCAUCAUCGAACAAUUUAAAGUAACUAACUUUUAAGUCAAUACAAUUCUCUUCCAUCAUCUUCAUUAUAGCUUUGAAAAUUUUUCGUACGAACAGUAAUUAAUAUUUAUGACAAAUUUAAUAAACUAAAAUUUGUGUAUCCAGUGAAAUAAAAUUUUGGAGUAUCAUGGGCUUGGAUAUUCAAAGCAACUGUUACCAUGUUAUUGACGGUGACACUGUCCUUUAUUGUCUAGCAUUCUGACAACACCGUAUCUUGCACGUGAUACCUACAUGAACCACAAUGAUAUUUGAACUGUCCAAGUUUCCAAGAGUAAAUUUCAUGCACGCGUGCACACAAUGAACAAACCCGCAUUUCGUGCACAUAUCGAAUGAUGUGAAUAGCUGACGUGAUUUCGCUCAGAUUGUCCCGGGCUACCUGUUGAGUUGUUGAUAUUCUAAGGCUUCCACUGACAUACUUGAUACAUUUUAUCAUGUGUAUAUAUAUACAAGAAUUCCACUAGGCCGUUAAACGGAGACCCUAAUCCAGGAUUAAAAUUAUACUGAGUUAAUUUAAAAUUAACCGAGUUACAUUCUCACUUGAGCUGUUACUUAUUAUACUUAUUUUCAUCAGGCUUAUGAAUGAUAUGAACUUCAUGUAGUUUGUAAAUAUACUUUAAUGAAACGAUUGUAUACUUUCAAAUGUAAUGAUUAAAAUUCUAGGUCAUGAAUAAAAAAGUAUUCAUUACCGUCAAACGACGUCCUAUUCAUACGAGGCUUUAAACAAAAAUGUUUUUGUCAAAAGA